AUGUACGUUUUCCACAGUUUUUUCCUGAUUGCGGUGUCACUACAAUUAGCAAAGGCUGUGACUCAAAGGUAUUUGGCCAAUCUCGAUUUUGAUGACAAAAAGUCAGACAAUGAACUCCCAGCAGAAAAUAAUGCCUCCUCGUUGUCCUUUUGUUCCGCUCUUUGUGGUUUCACGUGUGGCUGCUUUGGGUUUAAUGCCAAAGAAAAGAAGUGUGUCUAUUAUCCAUGUGAUAGGACAAAAAUAACAGUAGUUGAAACUGGCUGGAGACACUACUUCCCUCCUAAUGGAAAUGAUGUGAUUCACCGCUUAACCAAGGGACGGAACUCAUCCUUGUACGUGUCCAUCACAUUACAGAGUGGCAAAAAGUUAUAUGAAUUAUAUCAUCAGUUCUCUGUCUCUGAUGAGGCAAACAAAUACAAACUUUCUCUUGGAGGACCAGUAACUGGAACCUUAGGUGACAGGAUGUUAUUAACUGGUUAUAGUGACGACUUUGCCUCUGGGAUGUACUUUAGUACCCCGGACAGAGACAAUGACAGGGCUGGAUAUCACUGUGCUGCUAACUGGAGAGGGGGUUGGUGGUUUAACUCCUGCCAUUCCACCUACCUAAAUGGUCUCUGGUCGUCUGAGAACUGGCUCAGUCCCUGGUAUCCAACAGUCCAAUAUGGUACUGAGAUAAAGGAGACUCUCAUGAUGAUAAAACCUCACUAA